AUGUUCCUCCGCACCCUCACCUUCCUUGCCCUCCUCACUUGGGCCCUCGCCGCGUCCGUGCUGACACUCUACCAAUUCCCCAACAAAGGCGCCUUCAUCGAUAACCUCGUCAUCCGAAAAAAUGGCCAUAUACUUCUCACGCGAAUCGACUUUCCCCAAGUCUGGUCCGUCGACCCAUUUACCAAAAUCGGAACUGUCGUGCACGAUUUCAGCUACGGCAACUCUACCAUAACCAGCUGCUUUGGCAUUGCCGAGGUACACCCUGAAUCAGACAUCUUCGCCGUGGUGACCGGUAGCUUCGACGCGACUAGUUUCUCGUCGAUCCCAGGGUCGUUUGAGAUAUGGAAGCUGGAUGUCAGCGGACGUGAACCGGCGGUGUCUCCGUUGGUGGCUAUUCCUGAAGCGAAGGCAUUGAGUGCUGUGAUUAAAUACGGGGAUCUACUCCUGAUUGCGGAUAGUCCAGACGGCGCAAUAUGGCGCGUUAACCUCCGCACGAACGAAUAUGCCAAAGCCAUCGAGCACGAAUCGAUGUUGCCCGCACCGAACGCGCCGCCGAUGGGGGUCAACGGUAUCCGGGUUCAAAACGGCUUUUUGUACUACGCAAGUACUACGAGAGAGGAGUUCCGACGGGUAGCUAUCAAUGCGCACGGAGAAGCUAUAGGGCCGUUCGAGAUAAUCGCCAGCGGUACCGCUCUGGAUAAUUUUGAUCUGGAUGUGGAUGGUACAGCGUACAUGGCCACGAACGCGGAGAACUCAAUUACCAAGAUCUCACCAAAUGGGAAGGUUGAAACUAUUGCUGGAGGUAAGUCGUCGAGGGAAUUGCCAGGGCCGACAUCCUGUGUCCUGAAGGGGAAGAAGCUCUAUGUCGGUACAAACGGGGGUAUCACUGCGCCGGUUGAUGGUAUGUUUACGGAGCAAGGGAAGGUUGCAACUAUUCAGCUUCCUUAG